AUGACUAGGAAGAAGGUGAAGCUAGCAUUCAUCACAAAUGAUUCAGCAAGGAAAGCUACAUACAAGAAAAGGAAGAAGGGACUGAUGAAGAAGGUGAGUGAGCUGAGCACCCUAUGCGGCAUUGAUGCCUGCGCCAUUAUAUAUAGUCCAUACGAGUCCCAACCCGAGGUUUGGCCUAACAACAUGGGAGUCCAACGCGUGCUUGCGCAGUUCAAGAGGAUGCCAGAGAUGGAGCAAAGCAAGAAGAUGGUGAACCAGGAGAGCUUCAUUAGGCAAAGGAUCGCGAAGGCGAAUGAGCAGCUCAAGAAGCAGCACAAGGACAACCGGGAGAAGGAGAUGACUGAGGUGAUGUACCAGUGCUUGACCGGGAGAGGGCUGCAGAAUUUGGUCAUGGCGGAUUUGACUGACCUAGGGUGGCUGAUUGAUCAGAACUUGAAGGAGAUUUACAAGAGGGUUGAGUCAUUGAAGAAAGUGGUUCCUACCCAAGUUGCACCGGUGGCGAACACGAGCAAUGAGACGGUGGUGAGGAAUGGAGUGCAUGGAAUGGAUCAGAAACCGGCUAUGGAGUUGGCCAUGGAGGCCAUGCAAAGGCCACAGUGGUUCACAGAGUGGAUGAACAACCCUAAUGAGCAUUUGGGGUUUGGUGGGGAUGAGAUUAUGAAUCCAUUUGGGGAUAACCAUAAUGCUAUGUGGUCUAGUGCGUUUUUUCCUUGA